AUGAGGGAGGCUAUGAGGAUUUUUAAGGAAAUUAAAGAUGCAGUCCCUAACCAUGUGACUUAUACCACUUUAAUUUAUGGUUAUUGUAGGUUGAAUGACCUCGAAUCAGCCUUGAGUUUGCGAGAUUCCAUGGCUGAUAAAGGGCUCUAUCCCACAGUUGUCACUUAUAAUUCAAUUCUCCGCAAGUUGUGUGAGGGAGGAAGGAUAAGGGAUGCAAAUAAACUCUUGAUCGAGUUGGGUGAAAGAAAUAUUGAACCAGAUAAUGUUACAUGCAACACCUUAAUCAAUGCGUACUGUAAAAUAGUAGAUAUGGCAUCGGCUUUGAAGGUGAAAGACAAGAUGAUUGGAGCAGGUUUGAAGCUUGACCAGUUUAUACAAGGCAUUGAUUCAUGGGUUCUGCAAGGCACGAGAUAUGAAAUGCGCUAA